AUGGAAGGUAAUAAUAAUAAUGAAAUAAUUGAAAAAGAAGAAGAUUUAUUUCAAAAUAUAAUUAAGUCAACAACUGAUAAUAAACAAAGAUUUAAUUUAUUCACCAAAGAGAUUCAAAAACAAUAUGAACUAACUCUCAGUAGCAAUGAAAAUAGUGUUAAAGGUUUAGAUUGGAUAAUCAAUACAUUGAAACAAGCAUAUACUCAUCAAAAUUCAAAAGAUGAUAAAAAAAGAUUACUCCAAUGGAUUUUAAAAAAUUUAAUUAUUCAAGUUAAAUCAUUAAGAUUAAAAUAUAGUUUAAUCAAUAACACCACUGAUAAUAAUAAUAAUAAUAAUAAUGAAAAUAAUAAUGAUAAUAAUAUUGAUACAGUAAAAGAAAAAAGAUUAAUAAAUAAAUUAUGGGAAUAUCAAGUUCAAAUUAUUAUUAGAUUAGAAUAUUUAAAUUUAAAAGAGGAUUUAUUCCCAACAACAGUUUCAAAAGGAGAUGAUGACGAUAAUAAUAGUGGUAACCAAAGUUCAAUUGAUAAUUUAGUAUCACUAUUACAAGAUGCUUCAUUUUUAAUGGAUUCAACAUCAAUAAUUUCAGAAGGUACAACUACUACUACAAAUAAUAAUAAUAAUAAUAAUAAUAAUAAUAAUAAUAACAAUAAUAAUGGUACAAAUAUUACAACAGACUCAGUAAGAAAUAAAGGUUGUACAGAUUUUCUUGAUAAAGUUAUUCUUAAAAGAUUUUUAAACCUAAGAAAAGUUUUAACAAAAAUUUAUGGAAGUUUAGAGAUUUCAAAACCAUUAGAAUUAAAAAAAGAUAAAAAUAAAUUUAAUAAUAAUAAUAAUAAAGGUAAUUUAAAAGAUUUAAUAGUACCAACCAAAGAAAAUAUUGAAUCAACAUUAAGUAUUAAUUUAGAUGAAGUUAGUGAUUGCAAUGACAUUAACACCAAUUUAAAGAAAAAGAGAAAACAACAAGAACAAUUACAAAUUGAAAAAGAAAAAAAAUUAUUAACAAUUCAACAAGAACAAACUAAAAUUCCAAAAGAUUUAUUUAAAAAAGUAAAUGUUAAAAAAUUAAAUCACUUUACAAUGUCUUUAUCAAAUCCUGAAAAAUCUUUUAAAACAAUCAAAAUGUAA